AGUGACGCCGAUCGAGCUCCUACAGAGCUUAAGCAAUCCACGACAACCUCCAUCAACGAAUACUCUCUUUCCGUCAAUUUUCUUUUCCUUUCAGCUCAAUAUUCAAAAUGUCUAGGAGAUACGAUUCACGGACGACCAUCUUCUCUCCCGAAGGGCGAUUGUACCAGGUCGAAUAUGCCCUUGAAGCCAUCUCACAUGCAGGAACUGCCCUCGGUAUUUUGGCGCAAGAUGGUAUCGUUCUUGCCGCGGAGCGAAAAGUUACGAGCAAGUUGUUGGAGCAGGACACGUCGGCUGAGAAGCUCUACAUCUUGAACGACAACAUGAUUUGCGCUGUCGCUGGAAUGACCGCCGAUGCCAAUAUUCUCAUCAAUUAUGCCCGGCAAGCCGCCCAACGAUACCUCUUAACCUACAACGAAGACAUUCCUUGCGAGCAGCUCGUUCGAAGAUUAUGCGAUUUGAAACAAGGGUACACGCAACACGGUGGUCUUCGGCCAUUUGGUGUUUCUUUCAUUUAUGCCGGCUGGGAUCCCACUCGUCAGUUUCAGCUUUACCAGAGCAACCCGAGCGGCAACUACGGUGGUUGGAAGGCCACGAGCGUUGGAGCCAAUAACGCUAGCGCACAAAGCUUGUUGAAGCAAGAUUACAAAGAGGAAUGCAGCCUCAAGGAAGCAUGUGGGAUGGCUGUCAAGGUGCUGAGCAAGACAAUGGACUCGACACAGCUCAGCAGUGAGAAGGUCGAGUUUGCUACCGUGGGUAAAACCAAGGAAGGCGAGAUUUACCACCAUCUUUGGAGCGCAGAUGAGAUUACGGCGUUAUUGAAGGAGCACGGUCUGGCAAAGAAGGAGGAUACGGAAACAGGCUGAAGCAUGGUUUGCAGAAUGUACCCGCGACUCUUCUCGAGAAAUUAAGGCGGCGCUCCUGCCGCGGAAUAUCCUUUGUGACACUAGACUUUUCCUCGUAGAGAUUUCUAAUCCAUGUAGCAUGCA